AUGGCCUUUCCUGAGCAUCUGACGGCUGACAUUCUCUCAAGACUACCCGCCAAAUCUCUGGUUCGGUUCAGCUCAGUACGCAAAGAAUGGAAAGCUCUGAUCAGAGACCCCCAUUUCAUUUCUCAGCACCUCAAUCUCAAUAUUGCAAAAGAAGACCAAAGUGGACGCCUUCUGGUAAAGUACCGUUGCAAUGUUACUCGUAAGAACGUCAUUUCUCUGCUUUUACAUGGCACAAAUGGUUACAUGUUAUCAAAAUUGGAGAUACCAUCAUCUGUAAUGGAUUCUCAUCACUUGAAACUUGUGGGGUCUUCUAAUGGCUUACUUUGUUUCGCUCAUGAUAAAUCUGCUCAUCUUUGGUCACCUAUGAUUUUGUUGUGGAACCCUGCUAUAAGGGAAUUUAGUGUCCUACCAGACUCAGUUAUUGAUUCUGUCAAUGAUGAUGAUAAUGUUCAGGUCCGUGGUGUUGCCCACGGAUUUGGGCACCACCCUCUUAUUGAUGACUAUAAGGUUGUGAGGAUUGUGUCUUUGUCUUGCUUUGGUAAUGCUUGGAUACGGGCGGAGGUGUAUUCUCAAAAAAUGGAUUGUUGGCAGGAGGGUCAUGACAACUUCUGUUACAAAAAUCUUCUGGCUAUUAUGUUCGACCAAGCUCAGACUUUGGUGCCUCCUACUGUUUCCUGGUUUUGCUGGACAGUGAGGAUAAAGUUCAUGAAAGAGUGA